AACAGAGGCAGACGCAAAAUAGGGGAAGAAAGUGAGACUCGUUUUUUUUUUCAUGUUUAAGUCUGCUAACAGUCGAGGGUAUUUUCCUGCUAGUCCAACAAAAUAUAGCGUUUAGUUGGCUUCAUGACAUUCAGGACUGUGCCCAGCGGUUUAUAUAGCUAAUCUGUAAGAAGACUGUAAACGGGUAUCUGCAAAGCAAACUUCAGAGUCGAUGUUGAACUUAUCUGUCAUGGGUGUUGUGCUGUCGUGCCCAUUUUACAGUGGGUCUAAGUCUGCAUGAUGCUACGUAGCCUUCCAUUGGUCAGUGGCUGUGAUUCAUGAACAACAGUGCAUCUUAUUAAAGUGCCGGCCUCCAUAGUCUGUGGUGUCAGUCUCUCCUGGCUUGUCAAACCAGGACAUUCUUGUGAUAUUGUCACUCUGGAAGGAGCUGCCAGUCCUCAUCAAGCCAGCAGCUAGUGGGGUUUGUCAGCUAGGCCUGUACCUUGCUUGAUCUUGCAGUAAAAGACUUGGUAGAAUUUCUAGACCAUAACCACAACUGGAACUGGCUUCCUGAAACCAAGCACCAUGCAAGUUAGUUUCUUCAAAACAUGCCUUGUUGUGGUCACUGCUAUUGUGAAUCACCCUCUGUUCUUUCAAAAGGAGAACACAACUCUUGCAGAGCAGGACAAAGAAAUGGCAAAACAAAUGGAAGAGCAUGAAGAAACACUCAAACUAAUCAUGUUGCAUCUAGAAAAGGAUGAGGAAGCCAAGAAAAGUGCAAAGGUGGAGGAAGAAGAAGAGGAGGAAGAAAAGCCUAGUUGGGAUUUCUGGAGUGCAGUAUCUAUGGCAGUGUUCUUACUUAUAGAGAUCUGGAGGCAAGAUCUGCAUAACGGCAACACUCAAGAAUCAUCUAAUGAAGAUGAUGAAUUGGUAGCUGCUGGAAACUUUUCUCAUAAAUUUCCCCUUCCUGAUAAGAUUGUCCUAAGUAGUUUUCAUGAAAGGUAUUUCCAUAUGUCAAGCAAUGAGUUUUCCAGAACACGUGAGUUUGUUGAAGGCUUUGCAGAUGAUCUUUUAGAAGCAUUAAGGAGUGAAUGCAACAGGGAAACUGACAUGGAGCUGGAAGAAUGCAUUGGUGUUGGAAGUAUGUAUGAGAAUUGGAGGGUACAUAAACCUCUGAUGUGUGACUUGAUUGUACCGUUUGCUCCUCCAGAGCCAUAUUGCUUCAGACCUAUUGUAUGGUUUCAGGGGAAGGCUUCCUCUACUGAUAAAGCAGGCUAUGGAAAAAUACGAGUUACUAAGGGAAAUGAGGAUUCUUCAAAUUGUGCUUGUGGCAAGACUGACCUUGGCGAAGAUAUGUUGUGCCUUAUUCAUAGCAAGAAUGAUCAGGUAAAACCUAAUGAUGGAAUGGAGGCAUUGCUGUGUUGUAAAAAUACACAAUAUCUUGAUGCAAACCAGGUUAUGAAAUGGUUUCAGAUUGCAGUAACCAAGGCUUGGAACACUAUUUCUCGUAAGUAUGACUUUGAACUUACAUUCAGAAGUUUGGACUCUCCUGGUGCUUUAAAAAUCAAGUUUAAAUCUGGGAAGUUCCUUGCAUUCAACAUUAUUCCAGUGGUGCAGUUUGAAGAUUCUGAUGCCUACUUUAUGUCCCAUGCCUACAGUGAAGUUCUGCUGGAUGAAAAUCCUUCUAGCAUUUACUGGUCACUGUCUUUUGCAGUCUAUGAAAGGCGUUUCUUGAAAUCACUUACCAAGAAGCUACCAGAAAACUCUUGUCAUCUCAGUUGUCUUCAGAUUUUGUCUUUUUUGCAUGUAAAGCAGUGUAGCCUCAGUGGAUCGAGUGCCCUUAGCAGCUACCACCUUAAAACAGUACUAAUGCAUUUGCUGCUAAGUCAGCCACUCACAGAAUGGCGUGCAGAAAACAUAGAGGCAAGAUUGAGGGAUAUGGUGAGGUACCUAGAGAAAUGUCUGCAAGAAAAGAGAUUGUACCAUUUUUUGAUUGGGAAUAAGCAAAUACCUGAGGAAGUUGGCCUUCCAGAAAUAUUUCGCAUUACAGAGCCCCUUAAUCUUUUCCGGGGAUUUGUGCUACAUAGAAGCAUGUAUAAAAAAACACUGGACACUUUCUAUGAGAUGCUUAAAAAUGCUGCUGUUUUGAUUAAAGAAUAUACUUUCCACAUUCCUUCUGAUCACAUAAAAACAUUGCAGAAUACAUCAUUUUAAAGAAAACAGCAACUGGAGUUUCACUCUGAGUAUAAUAACUUGUGUGGUUAGAACUUUUAGUGCUCCUGUUCGUAUUGUACAGAAGGAGUUUUUCCACACUGGAAUAUGAAAAGCAGAAUGUGCAAAUUAAGCCUAAUUAAUGACAUCAAAUACUACAUUUUCUAUGGGAUGAAAAGCACUGAUAAAGGUGUGUUUUAGAGAGAAGUAGUAAUUUGUACAGGGGAAUGAAUCUGCAAGUUGCAACAUAUUCUGAGA